CGGCGCGGCCGGGCUUGUGGUGAGGCGGGGGGAAACCGCGGGCCGCUGGGAAACUUUCUUCCUCUUUCCGUUCCCUCCGGCGGGCGGUGGGGGCCCUCCCGGGUGCGCGGGGCCGCUGAGGGGAUCGCGCUGACAGCGGGGGGCGGGCGGGCCGGGUUGGAGGCGGGCGGGGGGAGAUGGGGCGGCCCUGCUGUGUGCCUGAAUGGAGAAAGGCGCUGCUGCAGUGCUAAUGAGAGGAUGGGCUGUUCUGGUGUUUGUUUCUUUUUUAAGUAUAUGAGGAACUUUGCUUUUAAAUGGUCUUAAACUCCGGAGAAAUGAAUGCGUGGAGUGGUAAAUCCCCGUGCUCCAAGCACUUUGGUUAAGAGGCGCUUUCUUGCAGGCACUUUCUUGCAGCUCACUUUUCCAGCCCGGUUCGGCCUGUGCUGACAGCUGCUUGGCAACAGAUGGAUGAAGAAGGGCAAGUUUUGUUUUCUGGGGACUGUAAAGUUAAUGGGAGGAAAUACGGUCUUGCGGUUAAAGCACAAGACUGGGAAUCAAGUGAUCAGUGUCCUCUCAAUGGAGUUUCUGAUAGGAGUUUGAGCAAAUCCAGUGAGCCUCAGGAAAAUGAGAACGGAUUUCCCACAGGCUCAGUGAUAGUUGGUGAAUCUCUCGGUGGAAUCUGUGGGUUUAUAGAUGGUAUUCAGUGAGUGAUGGGAGCGCUCCGCUAUAACAAAAAGUGUGAGGGAUAACUGUCAGCAUGAGCAUUAAGAUGUAAGUUUUGGGUUGGGAAAUGAGAUUGUCAGCGUGUGGUGGCUUUAGAUGAAAUCUGUGUUAAUUUUCAGGUAAUUUAUCUGCCGUGUGUGGCUUUGAAGUUGUGAGGAAUGAGACUGCAUUGUGCGCUGCACUUCUCGAUGGUGGGAGUUGUGCACAGAGCGUCCUUCCAAUGCUCUGAGCAAUCAGAAUCUGAUUGAAGAGGAAGGAUAGAAUGGUGCAGAUGUUUCACUGUCACGUGCCCGUGCUCUUCAAAAGCUGUAAUACUUUAUGAAGUUGGCAGCUGUUGGUACUGGAAGUUAAUAGAAGAAGCAAAUAACUUAAUUGAAGAUGUUUCAUAAUUAGUGUGUGUUGUAACUUCUGAGUGCUCUGUGUAGGGUGUUGCUGAAUUUAAUGUCUUAAUCCCUACUGUUUGAUAGUGGUUUACUCUUACAUCUGAUAUUUAAAUUUUGUUCCCUUGGCCUUGAAAUUGCUGGUAAGCGCUUAAUGGCACUUAUUUUUGAAAACAAAAUCACAGCAAACCUUGUUCUUGCUGGGGUUCAUGUCCCCAGAACUUUAUUUUCCUUUAAAAUACGGAGAAAAUAACACUUGAGGGAGGAAUGUUCUUGUUGUUUUGUUCUUUUUUUUCCAAGAAAGAAUUUCCUAGUAGAAGCCCAGGAGGUGCACAAGAUGGGCAGUUGUGGUAGGGGUGAGAAAUAGAAAAAGAGGAUGAGUGGCUUCCUUCGCAUUUCUCUCUCUCUUGAUCACAAAAGGUCACAGCAAAAGGGUGUGCAGCGAUUAUGCUGCAUGCAGCUGCAGUGAGUCCUUUCAAUUGGAGGUUCAGAGUUUUAACCUGUGAUGAACCUGAAGGAAUUGUAGCUUUGGGCCCUAUGCUUCUUGGUUCUUGUGAUGAAGUCCAAUUCUUCAUCUUGCAGCUUGAGUAGAUAAUCUCUUUAGGAAAGUUUUCAGGAUGGUAUAGCAUUAUCUGAGCUGGAAGAAAUUCCAUCUCUCAAGAUAGCGUGCUAAUGCACUAUUAAGUGUAGUUUAUAUUUCUGUAGUUUGUCUAAUGGCCUUUGAAAAUUAUGCAGCGAUCUGUAAUGCUCCAGAGGACACUUUUAAUUUCAGUAGGAUGUUCUCUGUAUUCUGUUUAUGGCUCUCUAGAGAAAACUCUUAAAAAUCCUUUGUUGCCUUUGCCAAACUAUGUACCUGCAGCCAUAUUGCUGUGGCAAUUCAAUACAAGUCUGUAUUCCUUCCUUUGCUGCCAGUUAAAUGCUUCAUGUUGAUUCAAACACAUUUCUUUUAAUGUCUCUGCUGGCUUCGUUAAAAUCAGUUUGAAUGUGGGUUUUUUUUUCUUGAAAGGUCUUGAGAUAACUUUUUAUAGUGGCAGGUUUGUUUUGUUGAAGUAAGGAGAGCAGAAUUAAGAGAUAUUUGUUCUCAUGUUAGCUGAGAACACUUGAGGUGUUUCAUGACUAACAUUGAUAAACAACUCAUUACAAACAAGUUGAACAGUAGCUGAGAACUUUAGCAGUUAUCAUUAGUCACAGUGCAAGUUCCUGUGCUGUUCUCUGGAAGCCUUUUCAGCGGUGCUCCUGUGACCACGUAGAAAAGUUUGGCUGGCACUUCAGUGUGUUUGACCAGUGUGGGUUGGCAAGGUGCAGGACGCCAUCUGCCAAGUCUGUAUCCCUGCUGACCUACCACCAAGGCUGCGCCUGCCAGGACUGUCAUCCUUGACAGAGGAUCUUUGUCAGAAUUGCUGCUACUGAUCCACCAACUAUGAGGUAGUGUCUCUGAAUUCUGGGUCAGUGGAUGUCACAAACUGACAAAUUUAGAAUACUUCGCCAUUCAUUCAUUCUGUGCAAGGGGAGGAAAAAAAAGCUUGCUGAAUUACUAUUGUCAGUGUCCCCUCCAAAUCCUGUAGCUUUUGUAAACUUGUCACAAUCUUAAUGCAAUUCAGUUGGAAUGGAAGUGUAUACACACACGCAUACAACUUUAUUUUUUUCCCAUCUUUUAAAGCUUUAUGAAUGUCCGUAGCCCCUGCUUUCAGGUUACACUUUUUGUUGGCAAUUCACGUAUUUAGUGGUAUUGUUUAGGAUUUUAUUCUUUAAUGAAGAUUUUUACAUGAGCAGCUGAAUUUUUUGUAAAGCUUUGUUAAUUUCUUCAUGUAUUUUAGGGCGUUUGGAAGGUAUGUCCAUGGAUAUGCCCAUAAGUAUGUUCAAUUUUUCCCACUUUUUUUUUUCCCAGAUGGAGUAUUGAGUCCAUUUUAAACAUUGUUUGCUUGGCCUUGUCUACCAAUAGUGGCAUAAGUUUUUGUUGUCACAUGUAGUGAAAUUUAAUCACAUCCUUGUAUGUGAAUUUAAUUGAGAAAGGGAUGCCAGCUUGUAGUUAUCUGCAGUGGUUACAGUAGAUGCUGAAUAUCCUUAAAAAUAGGAGGCAGUGUGAGGGCUUGACUGUCAGAAGUGCUUCCUAUGAUAGAUGAUGAUGUUUUUCAGCAUAAUGCUUCUGUUGGAAAAUGCCAAUUAGCUGAGAGAGCAAAUGUUUCUAGUGAAAUACUUAGGAAAAAAAAAAAAAGGGGGGAUUCUGGUUCUCAGAUUGAAUUUGUAGCUUUUGAGAACUACAAAGUCGUGUAAGUAGAGCAGUUUCAGACACCAGGCCCAUGUGAGCAUGUGAUUUUUCUCUUCUAAAUGAAUGUGUUAAGAAAUAGGAACUUUUUUCAGUCUUGGAAAGGCGUUUUUUUUUUUUCUCCCUCUGACUCCCCCACUCUGUAUCACUCUUUAACUAUUUUUGUUGUGGUACAAAAUGAGUUUUCAACUUUCUGUUCUUUGGUCGUGUUUACUCCUGUGGUUUCCUUGGCAUCAUUUGGAAAUGGAGGUGCCUUUGAAAUGCAGUGGGGUUCAAGUGAGUUCUUUGUGAUUGGACCUCUUUUGUGAUACAGAUCGUUAUCACUUGUUCUACUUUAUUUUUUUUCAGUGAGUUGUAAGAAGACUCCUAAGAAAAACCAAAAUCAUCACCUUUGUUAUCUGAGCUGUAUGGCUUUUAUGAUAUCAGUUCUGUACAUUGCAUUCAUUACUUGCAUCUUGGGCUUGGCCUCACCAUUUUUGUUUCUUUAAAGAGUGCUGGUUAAAUACUUCUCAGCUGACAAGUGUUACAUGCUUCAUUUUUUUUUUAAGCUGUGCUAGAUGCUGUACAGAUGUGGAAAUGAACAAGUACUGUGUGAGAAAGCCAUGUCUGAAAUUGUUAAUGCAUUUUUUUGUUUGGGGAGCCAGUCACAGUUAAUAAAAUUUUUGAAGAUAUCAGACAAUUCUUUUCUGGUCUUGUUUAUAUGUAUUGUUAGUUAGAAUAUGUUGCCUUACAAGGCAUAUUUAAAGCAAAGAAGUCUUGUGCUAGUAUAAAAGCAGCAAUGUUUCAGUCAACUGGAUGUCCCCUUAGAUACACAAGUCCAGUUGUGGUGGAAAUACCACAAGUUCCUUAUUGGUAUCCUCCAAAAAAUCUCUUUUCAUCUUUUACUUACCCCAGGGGAGGUGAAUUAAACAAAUCGUUGAUAAUAUUCUUAAUGAGUAAGGUGUCACAUAGGGUAAUUAAAGGAAAAUAUUUUGUGUUCCAAAGCUGUGGUGAUGGUUGGGAAUUAUUGCCCAAGUUCUUAAGUGUGACCUGAGGAUUAAUUUUAACCUCAGUAUGCAGGGAAAAAAUAUGGAGCUAGUGCUUAUACCAUUUUUGUCUUCAAGAAAGGACUAAUUUAAUGCCAUUGCAUUUAAAAGGAAAAAAAAAGGAUCUGUCUGAAACCAGGUAGAUGUACCAUGUGGUAAUUUUAGAGAGUUGUAGAAAUGUACUCAUGGCUGAAUAUAUUGUAACAAGCUGUGAUACAGUGUAAUUGAGUAUUUUGAGUUUCUCUUCCUGCAUGUGGGGUGUUAGUAUGUGUAUGGAGUUCAAAUACUGAAGCGUAUCAAGUUUGAAGGGGUAAUUGGGUUAGGCACAAACUGACUGCAAAACAGUUUGAACUGGCAUAUCUGAAGCAAUUCUAAUAAACUACCAAUUGUGGGACUGGUUAGAAGGGCUGGUUUGUUUAUGUUAUGAAAUUGAGUCUCCAAGCAGUUUCUAAUCAUGUGCAGUGAAGUUCAGGUUUCAGACUGAGUAUGAUGCUACAGGAAGCUUUCUUAAUUUGCAAACAAGUAAAUUAGGCAGGAAAAGAAUAACAUUUGUGCACUUGAAAUGCACGCUUAGUACUGACAGUAGGAAGGGAAGAUAUUGUAGUUGUUAACCAAUUUAUGCUUCUUAUGGGGUGAUGGACUACUUGAUUAAUAGUACUUAAAAUUCAGAUCUUGCAGGUAGGAAAUUCUGUGCUUGGAAUAGGAGGCAGUAGUCUAAGAGAUGCUCAGAAGAACUACCAGUAUUUGUGAGUUGUGCUGUUAACUUGCUUUGUUUGUAAUUAGUUGGUUUGAUGAGGCAUUAAGAAAGGAUUCACACAACUAGUUCCCUUCCGUUUGCUCUGUUCUUUAGUAGGAAGUAUCAGUAAUGUCUGACACAAAGUCUUACUGGAUGCAGCCCAUGCUACCUUUUGUUUCUUUCCAUUAAAAUCCCCCUCGUGUCAUCUCAUACAAUACAUUACUCUGCAACAUGGUUUUCAACCGAGAUUCUCAUAUAGCUUGGUUAAAAUGUUAUUUAGUAAAAGAAGGUAAUGUGUCCUAGGCCUUCUGCCUCAAAGAAAUAUAAGAAAGCUUUUCUGCUUCCACUUAAGAAAGUUAUUGCCUGCUGAUUCUAGAGGUACACCAGUGCGAGCAAUUUAUGUGACACUGUGGAGGGAAAUGUCACUCUUUAAAGCAUAUUUUUCUGCUCUCGUAUCUUACAGUGUUGUGCUGCAGUCACAGCUGAUAAUGCAUAUGUCUAAAACCUUGGGAGAAAUUGGUUGUAAAUUGGAUGAUCUGGUGAAGCUGUUCCUUGUAAAUGUCAUGAUUAUAUAGAAACCUGUCAAUCAUUAGGUGCUGGGAUUACAUCAAAUAGCUAAGUUGGAAGAAUUGAUUGUUAUUUUUGAUGUGAAGACUUCAUCACUGACGUCUGUAUGUUUAUUUGUCAGCAUCCAAGAAGUAAUACAGCUCAUCAGUGGCAAUAACUGCUUUUGGUAUACACUGACAUUUAUUUGAAAACAAGAACUAACAAAAAAAGACAGGCAAAACCCAACAAAUCUUUUGAAGACGUGUGUCAAAUGACGUCAAUGGCCAGUUUGUUCUCCUUUACUAGCCCAGCUGUAAAGCGUCUGUUGGGCUGGAAACAAGGAGAUGAAGAGGAAAAAUGGGCAGAAAAAGCUGUUGAUGCUUUGGUAAAAAAGCUGAAAAAGAAAAAAGGUGCUAUGGAAGAACUGGAGAAAGCUUUGAGCAGUCCAGGACAGCCCAGCAAGUGCGUUACCAUCCCUCGUUCUUUAGAUGGACGACUUCAGGUUUCUCACAGAAAAGGCCUUCCCCAUGUAAUUUACUGUCGUGUCUGGCGUUGGCCUGAUCUACAAAGCCAUCAUGAGCUGAAGCCAUUGGAUAUUUGUGAAUUUCCUUUUGGAUCUAAACAGAAGGAAGUCUGCAUCAAUCCUUACCACUAUAAGAGGGUGGAGAGCCCAGUUCUACCUCCAGUGUUAGUGCCUAGACACAGUGAAUUCAAUCCACAGCACAGUCUACUAGUUCAGUUCAGGAACCUAAGCCACAAUGAACCACAUAUGCCACAUAAUGCGACGUUUCCAGAUUCCUUCCAGCAACCCAACAGCACUCCAUUUUCCAUUUCACCAAACAGUCCCUAUCCACCUUCUCCAGCCAGCAGCACUUACCCAAGCUCCCCAGCUAGCUCUGGACCAUCUAGUCCAUUUCAGCUACCUGCUGAUACUCCACCUCCUGCAUAUAUGCCCCCUGAUGAUCAAAUGGGGCAGGAUAACUCUCAGUCUAUGGACACAAGCAAUACAAUGAUCCCUCAAAUCAUGCCAAAUAUAUCUACCAGAGAUGUUCAGCCUGUUGCCUAUGAAGAACCCAAACACUGGUGUUCGAUUGUGUAUUAUGAAUUGAACAAUCGUGUUGGAGAGGCCUUUCAUGCAUCUUCUACAAGUGUCUUAGUAGAUGGGUUUACAGAUCCCUCCAAUAAUAAAAACAGGUUCUGCUUAGGUUUGCUCUCAAAUGUUAAUCGCAACUCAACCAUUGAGAACACUAGACGACAUAUUGGGAAAGGAGUUCAUCUCUACUAUGUUGGUGGGGAAGUCUAUGCUGAAUGUUUAAGUGACAGCAGCAUAUUUGUACAGAGCAGGAACUGCAACUACCACCACGGCUUUCAUCCAACAACUGUAUGCAAGAUUCCUAGUGGAUGCAGCCUGAAAAUCUUUAACAAUCAGGAAUUUGCUCAGCUUUUAGCUCAGUCUGUCAACCAUGGAUUUGAAGCAGUGUAUGAGCUCACCAAAAUGUGCACCAUUCGAAUGAGUUUUGUAAAGGGGUGGGGAGCUGAAUAUCACCGACAAGAUGUCACGAGCACCCCGUGCUGGAUAGAGAUUCAUCUUCAUGGGCCCCUCCAGUGGCUGGAUAAAGUACUUACACAAAUGGGUUCUCCUCUUAAUCCCAUUUCAUCUGUUUCAUAGUGCUGAAAUUCCAUCUUCAGCCUUAUUUUUAGUGAACUUAUUCUAAUUCUAGAGAAACUUCCAACGUGGAUACUGUGAGCUAUAUGGAGAAUGGAUCUUAUGGUUUUACUUUCUUUUUUUUAAAAAUCCCUUUGUGACCAAUUCCAUUGUGUAUAGCUGAGCAGUUUUACAUUUCAAUUUGUUCUUGUGAUGCUUAAGUGACAGUUGAGCCCUAAGGGAAAAAAAAAAAUAUCUAUUGGAAAAAUUCAGAACACUUUUCCCCUCCUUGGAGUAGAACUUAAACAGGCAUAUGUCUUAACUGGAAAUUAAUUUUUGUCCUGCAGGGACAGAAUGAUGAAGACUGACUUCAGAAAAUAAAUACAUAUCAUAGUUUGGGUUUUUUUUAAUGUUUAUAAAAACGUUUGAACAUGUGCAGCUCCAGCUUGCAAGCUGUAUUUUUAGUGUAGUUGCUUAACAAAUUAAGUUUGACAUCUGUCAUAAAGAAAAUUAGGCUUUAUUAUGGCUAAUUUGCCUAAUUGAACAAUGUGACUUUUUUUAAAAUGUACACAUGAAAUAUACUUUUUACAAAUAUCGGAGUGGUGUAAAAACACUUUGUCUAUUGGAAAAUGCUGUCAUAAACACAUUGUAUAUGAAUGCAGAAUAGCAGUUCUUAGUCUUUUCCCACUUCAGUUUUGUACUAUUGCUUUUUAAUCACCAUUUUAAAUAGUAACUGAUACAAGGUAAACAUCUUGCACGUUUCUGGAGUAGUAAUUUUUGUAUUUCUUUGACUUACACUCAUGCCAUUUGGAUGUGAUUGCCAAGGCCUAUUUCUUUUUAGGUACCCUUCUCUAUUUUAACAUAAACACUAGUAUUUGUAAAUGGCAGUGCCUUGCUACUUUUUCGAAGGAGUAAGUUUUGGUUUUUUUUUUUUCUUUUUGGUGUUUUAGCUGUUUAUUUUGCCUGUCUGGAAUUGAUCUGUGUUAAGCCUUUUAAUCUCUCAGUAGACAUUAUGCAGUAUUAGUGAUUACACUGUAUUUAAUUCACUUUCAGUAUGAGUUUGAGUCUCUUUGAAGACUGCGAGUGGCUUAGCAAAUUAGUAAAUGAAUGCAGAAGCUCUUACUUCCAGAUCAUGUAAUUUAAUACAGGCCUGUUGUUAAUGACCAAAAGUAAUCACUUCUUUUGUAGACUGCGUGAAACAGUGAUUUUUGAGCCUGUUCUUAGCAACAGGUGUUCGGUCAGAAUACUUGUAAUCGGCAGCUUUAUGGAAAUCAAGGACUGCGUUAGUAUGAGAUUUAUCUUUUUGUAAGGAAUUAUGUUGCCUCUGCUGUUGUAUUACUCAAACACUGUACUAAACACUAAAAGAAAUCAGCUAAGUAACAUAUGCGUAGUUUUUUCCCUUUAAAAAUAAAAAUAAAAUUGAUUGAAGGAACAUUCUAAGAGAAUUAGAAGUGAAUUAUACAAAAUCCAUUUGCAUGCAGAAAAUUAUUAUUAAUUUUAACUCCUCCUUUUUCCUGGAUAUUUUUUCAGGACAGGGUGCAGUGUCUGGGGGAGAGACUGAAAUCUCUAAAAUGCAGACACUUAUUAAAAGAUGUGUUGCAGUUAACUACUGCAAUCCUGAGACAUUGAUUGCUUACACAACUUCUUUCGUCUUCUAUUGAAUGACAGUUUCUGCUCAAAUGUGGAAAUCGUGCAUUAUAUGGUACCUGAGUAAGAGAUCAUCUUAAAGGAAAAGAAUUGUUUACGUGUCAUUAAAAUGUUUCUUAUGAAAUGCCUUAAAGGAAUAAAGAUAAACUGUAACACUUCUGCAGAACCCUCACGUUCUCUUGUACAGGUAUUUCUGUAGUACUUGGUGAUUUUAUUGUUGGUUUUUUUUGUUGUUCUUGUUGUUUUUUUGUUGUUUUUUUUUUUUAAAGCAGUUUCUUCAGUGUGUGUUAAAGCGAAUGUGCAUCUUUAGGAGAAGGGAGAAAAACAAUAUUUGCCACUCGCUUCUGGGGUCUUCUCUUUCAUUCUUCGAAACAGCAACCCUGUUGACUGAAUAAGAUGCAAAGUCAUUUGGCCACAGGAUCAGGCUUCCCAUUUUCCUCUCCCCGGGCCCGACUUCUAUCAAGUUGCUGAACAUGUAUAUUUGACACUACAGAUAUUUUUCUUGACGAGCUUUUAAAAUGAAUGUCUUGGCACAUUGGAUCAAAGAAAGAUCUCAGUUGUAGGUACAAGCUUCUGCUUUAUCCAAAAUGUUUUUCACCCAGCUUCACCUCCGUUCACUUGUUUGGAUGCGGCUGACUAAAGGACUGAAGAGCGGGUGCUGGAAGUAGGUGUUUGCAAGUCAGAGCUGCUGUAUUGUGGUUAGAUUGGCUACCCAUGCAAUGAACCCGUAAUUUCUGCAAUACUCUCUAGCUAACCCACUUCUGAUGCUGUUAUUAAGUAUUAAAGUACUCUGGCAUUUCUGUGCUUGUGUACAUAUUCUUGAUCUGUAAUAUAUGCAGUGCUGAGGUUAUCCUUGCGGCUGCUGAUUUUGCCAGGACAGGCUUGCAGGAGCAGACCAAGUAAACGAUUUGCCUGUGCUCUGCUUUUCUGUUCUUUUUAAGUAGGACUUAUUUUUGAGAGCUUCUUAGUUGAUGGGCCUACUGGUUCACGGCUUUCCUAAUCACAUUUGGUUUAUCUGUGCUGCCGAUAGAAAGGUCAGAUAUCGCUGCAUGGAUGAGUUGGAUGAGAACCGUUUGACACUAAUUACGUUUUAAGUGUAGUGAUAACAGAGAUCGCUGCUUCUUUUGCAGCAUACUUGUGUGUAAGUCACUUUAUCUAGAUGGAGGGAUGGAGAAAUGAAAUCAGCCAGUAGUGUGGUAGGGGAAGAUGAAGCAUUAUAUAUAGCCCAGCUUAGACUGAAUGUUACUCUUCAGCAAAAACUGUUUUGGCUUUUAUAAGUGUAAGUAUUUUCUUCUUUUAAGGCCUAUUUCUACUUACAAUCAAACACAGCACUAAUUAACAGCUUUGACAAUACCAGCAAGGAGCCUGGAACAGGCAUACACUGAAGUUCUUUCUGGGUUUUCUUUCAUAGUCACUAAGAUAAGAUCUUAUCUUGGAUAUUCCUCCUCUGUGGGCAUCAGUCUUGCUGGCAGUCAGACCAGCGCCUUGUGGAAGUAUUACAUUCAUUUAAUUACAUUAUACAUGAAAUAGUUACUCACAGAGGGCUGACGUUGGUUUAUCGUAUCUAUAGGACCAAAAUAAAACUUCUAGUAUGGCUGACUGAUGAGAGACAAUUAACAAAACAUCCCAUUAACUGAAACAGUGACAGAAUAGCCUACGCAUUGAUUCUGUGUAGAGCUGUUUAAAAUACUGGAAUUCUUUCAUUUUUUGCAUGAAGCUAUGGCUUUUUUCCCCACAGUAUUACAGUGUGUAAGUUGUCAACUGAGCAGAUACUCUUACAGUGUAUGUCUAGACAGACACUGAAAUAUGUCAAGCUUUUCCUUUAGUUUGAAAUGUUUUGGGUUUUUUUGUAUAUUGUUUUAGUUAUCCAAAGUACUGCUAGUGAUGGUCUUAAAGAAAACAGCAAAACAGUUUCUAAACAUUUUGCUUCAGAAGACAAAUGUGACUUUUUUUUUUGUGGUUGUGAAGUUGCUGUUUAGGAAGGAAACCCAUUCUGAAUUCAAAUCAAUAGACCAAACCAUCAGAUUACAACGUAAACUUGCUUUAUUGUGCUGCUCCAUAAGCCUGCUUCUGUGUUUGUUGCAAGCAUAACCUUUAUGCUUUUGUUUACAUUGUAGGAAACACAGUUCUAGUGAUGAGGUUUUUCAUUUAACUCUAAACAUCUUUUUAUUUUGUUAAUUUUAAAAUUACUAGGUUUUGCUAUGUUAUGUUUUUAAAGAUUUUUUUUUGCAUU